AUGGAAAAGUGCGAGUUUCACCAAUCUUCCAUCACAUUCCUGGGAUUCAUCUUGGCCGAGGGACAGAGUCGCAUGAAUCCCAGUAAGGUCGACUCUGUCCUCCAAUGGCCCACUCUCAUCAAUCACAUGGAGGUGCAGAGAUUCAUCAGAUUCGCUAACUUCUACCGCAAGUUCAUCAGGAAUUUCAAUUCCAUAACUGCCCCGUUGCAUGCCCUCACUUCAUCCCGCAAUUCAUUCGACUGGGAUGUGACCUGCCAGGAGGGCUUUGAUAGACUUAGGUCGAGUUUCACCACAGCUCCAGUCCUCAUCAUGCCAGAUCCAGAGAGACAGUUUUUGGUGGAAGGGGAUGCAUCGGACUCGGGAAUGGGAGCAAUACUCUCCUAG